AUGAACACAGAGGAUCCGACGAAUGGGAACGAGGAAUCACAACCAUUGAUUCAUCAUGGCAGAACGAGGGAGAAUUCUGUUGCAUCCAUUUUUGCUCGCGGUCGGAGCAACACAAUCAAUGGACUAAAAACUGGGUAUGAUACUGUUAAGAGACAUCGAGUGCAAUUUAUGUACGCAGUUAUGGCUACAGCACUAUUAUAUCUGGGUUUCACACUUGCAUUUUUGCCUAGAACGUCUUUGUCUCGGGAUUUCCGACGGCUCCACUUCAGCAAACUCACAAAGGCAGAAACUUACCGCAUAUAUCUCGAGAGCUUGCAACGAGAAAACCACGCACAACAACAUCUGAGGACCUAUACUUCGCACAGGCAUCUGACGGGUGACGAAGAUGCUCUACAAUACACGGUGGACGAGCUUAAAGCACUCGGUUUUUCUUUAAAACUAGAGAAAUACUAUCCUUGGCUCAAUACACCGGUAGACACUGGAAUGUCUUUAGUUAUUGGAGGAAACACCGUGUUUGAGUCAGAAAUGAUGGAGGACUUUGUGGCCGAAGAUCCAUCCAGCUCUGGCCCUCAUCCAGUGAGGGCUUUCCAUGGUUAUUCGGCCAACGGAAAUGUGACUGCAAGUUUUGUGUACUGUGGUUACGGGAAGUCAGAGGACUACGAUCUUUUGAAGGACCAUGGUAUUGAUUUGAAAGGUAAGGUUCACAUUAUUCGCUACGACUCCAUGUUUCGUGGUCUCAAAGUCAAAAACGCCGAGGCCCACGGCGCCUCUGCUGUCAUUUUGUACACGGACACUUUUGAUGACGGAAAUGUCACGGAGGCCAAUGGUUACAAAGCAUAUCCACACGGACCCGCCCGAAACCCUAGUGGCUUUCAGAGAGGCUCAGUGGAGUACUUUACUGAAUUUCCAGGUGACCCUACGACUCCAGGGUACGCUUCCAAAUCACCGAAUACCAAACGGACAUCACCCAUGGGCAAAAUACCAACAAUUCCAUCGAUCCCUAUGAGUCAACGUGAUAUCGCCAAGCUCUUGCCUCAUUUGAACAAUAAGGGCAUCGCUUUCGAUGUUGGGGGUAAUGUAAAGGGCUUUGAGUAUUUCAGUGGGCCUUCGGAUCCUGACGUUCAAGUUAGGGUCUUCAAUCAGCAAGAAUACAAAAUUAAGGAAAUUACUGAUGUGAUUGCCGAGAUCCCCGGUAUCUUGGGAGGCAGCACCAUUAUAAUUGGAAAUCACAGGGACUCGUGGACAGUCGGGGGAGCAGGAGAUCCUAACAGUGGCAGUAGUAUACUACUGGAAGUGGCUAGAGGCCUAAGUGAGCUCGUAUCCAAGGGAUGGAGGCCGCUGCGAACCAUUCAGUUGGUGAGCUGGGACGGUGAAGAACCAGCAAUGCUAGGCUCUACUGAAUAUGGAGAAAACCAUGCAUCGAGGUUACAAAAACAAGUUCUGACGUAUUUUAAUCUCGAUACCGCAAUUUCUGGCUCCCAAUUCAAAUGUGAAGCCAAUCCAUUGUUAUCAGAACUAUUGAGAAAGUCCGCUGCAUCCACCCGUUUCUCAGGUAAGCCAGACGACACGUUACUAGACGUCUGGGAGAGCCAAUCACAGGGCCAUGUAGGUAUACUUGGAUCUGGUACGGAUUUUGCAGUUUUCCAGAACCACCUGGGAAUCCCGUCGGCAAAUUUUAAGUUCGUGGCCGACGGUCGCGACGAUGCUGUUUACCAGUAUCACACUAACUACGACACAUAUACGUGGAUGGAAAAGUACGGAGAUCCUGGCUACCACUUACAUAAUACCAUGGCUAUUUUCACAGGGAUGGCAGUUCUGCAGCUGAGUGAGAACGAGGUUGUGAACUUCAGUGUACACGACUACAUUAAAGACAUUGGGCGUUACUAUGAAACUUGGUACGAAAUGUUGAACCAAACAUUCACCGGAAACGAGUUUAUGCAGGAGAAAGCUCGAAAUCUUUCGACGUUAAUCACGCACAUUGUGAAUCAUGAGAGUCUGGCUUUCGACCAUCAGACUGCCUCACUUCGCAAGCUAGUCGUGAGGGACUAUCCAUGGUACAAGAUUCACAAUAAAAUCUCUAUCUACAUCAAUCUGACCAAAUUGAACGCCAAGCUCAAACGGCUAGAUCGUUUGUUCCUGACUGACCGAGGGCUUAAGGACAGAGACUGGAUGAAGCACGCUAUAUUUGGGCCCGAUAAGCUGCUGGGUUAUAAGGGUGAUGUUCUACCAGGACUGCAUGAGGCCGUUCUCGGGGGCAGUUCCCAGGAAACGCUCGAAUGGCUUCAUUUACUCCACAAACAAAUGCGUCUAGUCAAGGAGUUGCUGGCAUCCUAA